CCCCCCAUUCCUUCAUAAAAAGCUCACAGUCCUGUAAUUGUGUUGUGUUAUGCAGCCAAGAUUUUCCUUUCUUCUUUCUUCUUUCUUCUUUACUGUGCUAUUCUGUUGCAGAUAAUUAUGACGUCGGCCAACAGGCUGCCAUCCAACACAGAGCGAGAGAACAACAUGAAACGGGAGAGGAGGAGAAGAGCAAUCGCCGCCAGAAUUUUUGCAGGGCUUCGGCUUUACGGAAAUUACAGGCUUCCAAAGAACAGUGAUAAUAACGAAGUCCUCAAGGCCCUCUGCAAUGAAGCCGGCUGGAUCGUCGAACAGGACGGCACCACUUAUCGACCGGGUGUGAGAACUUCCGAACCGGUCAUGGGGCUCGGGUCUGCUGCAGAAAAUGGUUCUCUAAUUCCAUGGCUGAAAGCUCUGGGAUGUAGGGGUAACCGGCUGGCGACUCCGACUGCGCAGAUUAUGACCGGCGGCCGUUGCGAUGCGCCGGUCACUCCGUUGAUGUGCUCACCCACGGGGAUGGACUAUGUUGGCGGCUGUAAUGUGAGCUCACCCUCGGCUUUUUCUUUAAAUCCCGUGAAUAACCUGGUUGGGCCGAUGGCCGCCGUAAAAGUUGCUGGUGUCCGGCGUGGAACAAGUCCGGUUAGUGGUGAGAAAAUGCAUGAUCAUCAUCACCCCUCUCGAGAGCUUGAGCUGAACUUAACUCUAGGGCUGUCUCAACAUUUUCGUCCUUGAUGGCACUGUAAAUUUUUUACUUUCUGAUCUCAUAAUAAAAUAGUAAUUUGUUUAGUAAAAAUCAUUACAAACCAUAGAAUUCGCAGUCAUUUCUACCUGCAAAUUUUGAAUAACAUGAUUGAUUUGGGUA